AUGUCGUUCUCCAACCAGCAGCCUCCCGCACUCUCUGAAUACAGCCCUCUGUGCAAUGCCAGGAACCCGGACUGCUUUCCGGCCUCAGAGUCCCCCAGAGACUUUGCCAAAGCAGAGUUUGAAUGGCAGAGGACAGAGGGCAAGCUGAACGAAAUAGGGCUGAAUGUGAAUGCUGGCGGACAAAUUAAAGACGGGCUCAGCAAAAACGUUGGCUUCACCGACGAGGACAAGCUGUGCUUCUUUGAGACGAAACUAGACAAAAGCCUGCAACUCGGAUCCAAAGAAAAGAUCGAUUGCGAAUGGCAGAACAAAGGUAACCAGAUCCUGGCUGGUGCUGAUCAGCUCGGAGGUGUUUCUUUCCUCGCAGAACCUUUGCCGAGCUCCAAACCUGCCGAGGUGCCCCUGGCUUCCGCUGGACGUUCUGAUGGGUUUGAACACAUCGAAGCAAUUACCGAUCGCGAGAAAGCCGCGCAGAAGACAAACUUUGAGUCCGUCUUCCCACAAGAAGAGGCUCUAAUCAGCCUGGCCACAAACUACAACGGCCAGAAGUCCUUUUCCAACCACAAUACGAGUAUGUGGCAUGAAAAUAUUAACCCUUUACUGGCUGAUAAUCCCUAUAAGAAUACGUUCUCUGAGGGCAUGGCGAAGAACCACGUUCAGAGUGCUCUCCAGAUGCCAGAUACCAUAUCUCAGCCUCCAACCACCCUGGUGGAACUAGCCCAAGAGGACACCAAAACUGAUGCUGCCGACCGUAUCUGCGACCUAGAUGAAGAUGCAGCUGAGGUGGAUGCAGAUGACAGGCUUGAUGGCCUUGAUGAUUGCCUUCUACUUGAUAGAACGUCGUAUCAGAGGAAGGCAAUAAGGCGUGCAAUGUCAGAGUGCUCCCAUUUGGCUGUCCCGCCUCCUGUUAAUAUUGCUGAUAAAUACCCUGAGGCUCAAGGGACAAAAGACAACCUAACCCUAGCGUCACCCCCUGGUGGUCUGAACUACGCACCAGCCAGCCUGUCGAAGAAGCCCAGCAAUUCAAUGAAGAGAUCAAUGACCGUCGCCGAGGAGCAAACCGUGGGCUAUGACUUUAACACAAGGCAUGAGAUAAUGGGCCUCUGUGCCUCUCCUACAAAGGGGGAUAUGAAUGAAAAAGCUAAAGAUGGAGCUUUUUCUUUAACCAAUCAGGAGCCGUUUAACCUAGGGAGGCAUCUGACAAAGCUGGAGGAGACUCUGGAACCCAGCGGUGGGAAAGCCAAGAAUGAGUUGAUGUGGGAUCCUCUAUCCAGCCCACCCUGCAAUAUCCCCGAGCUUAAGAAAGUAGAAGAGGGCAACGUGGGAUACAAGACCACAGAGAAGGCGGCAGAUGGAGCCAACCCUAACCUGUAUUCACCUCCCUGCGAGCAGCCCGUUGCACAGCAUGGAAAAGCAGCCGUGGCCGAGCCAGUGGAAGCAAAAGCAGGAAGUGACAUCACUGCUCCACCCAACAAGGAACUUCCUGCCAGUCCAGAGAAGAAAGUUAAGGCUACUGCAGCAACACCAAAAGGCAAGCCCUCUGUGGCCCCCAGCCCCAAAGAAGCCGCUCACUGCAACUCCUACCCAGGCCAAAAAAGCCUGCCGCAGCUUCUGGCACCACUCCGAAACGCCCUCUGGGGAGCACCGCUAAACCCGCAACACCGAAAGAGACAAAAGAGGCAAAGCCCAAGAAUCUGGAUCUGAAGAGUCCUGUGAAGACUCCGGAGAGGAAGACCCCAACCCCUGUGACCGGCACCCCUCGUCCCUCUGUGAGAGCCAGUCCUGCCGCUCCCAAACUCGGCACCUCGUCUGCAGCUGGAGGGCCCGCUCCAAAACCCAACGUCACCCCCAAACGCCCAUCAGCUGUUAGAAAUGACAUCAAGCCAACAGAUGCAAAGAAACCCAACCUGACAAAAUCCCCGACCGAAGCAAGUCGCCCCAAAGCUGAUUCAGCGAAGACUAACGGAGCUGCUCCAACCAGCCCCGCCCCCAGCCGCCCUAAACCUGCCAAACCUGCUGCUCCAAGACCACUUACUGGGCCCAGUGCUUCCGCGGACACCAAGAAAGUACCCACCACCACCAGACCUCCUGCCCCUCUGAAUAAGACCAGCUCUGCUCUGGCCAGCAAGCCCAGCGCCGCUCCGAAACAGCCGCGGCCAGCCACGGCCCCCGACCUGAAGAACGUACGCUCCAAGAUCGGAUCUACAGACAACCUGAAGCACCAGCCUGGUGGAGGAAAGGCCAAGGUAGAGAAAAAACCUGUGCCAGCCAGCACAGCCCGAAAAGCAGUGCCCCCCCGCUGCCCCUAAACCAGCCGCCAGUAAACCCGCAGACACUAAAGAGACCGCACAAAAGCAAAGCAAUGGGAAAGUAACAAACGCUGCAAAGCCAUCUGCGGGUGCUGCCCGCCCGCCUGCGUCCAGCAGCAACAAAACUGGCAGUGCCAAUGUGCAGAUUACGAACAAGAAAAUCGAUGUAUCAAAGGUUUCCUCCAAGUGUGGAUCAAAACCCAAUACCAAGCACAAGACGGGUGGUGCCGACAGCAAAUCUGAAGAGAAUUCUAAGAAGACUGAAGUGACAAAGCAGAAACCUCAGGACAGCACAAAAGAAACUGAGGGCCAACUGGCACCUUUACAGAAAGAGGACCUAGUGACUCCUACAGAGGUUACAGCAGCAGACACACGGGAAAAUGGGAUGGAGGAGACUCUUCCCGCCGGUGGUGGCAACCAAAGGGAAAUCCAGGGCUUCAACUCUCUCAUACCGGAGACAAGU